UCAAAUUUUUUUAUUGCCUACCUCUACUUUGGAUUCUACAAAAGAAACGAUGCCUCCAACAGCCCCUCAAGCUCGGGACUCCAGUCCGUUAUCAAACAGACUCCUGAUUGAAAAACAGCAGGAAGAAGCAGAAUGGGAAAGCAUAAAUGGGCUGUUGAUGACACAUGGCUUCAAACCUUUGUGUCUAGUCAAAAGAACUGACCUCAAAGAGCUCAUCGUUUUUGACAAGCAAUCAUCACAAAGAAUGAGGCAGACUUUGAAAAUGUUGAUAGAAGAAACAACGCGUCAGCAGAGCAUGAUACGGGAGCUCAUAGAGACGAACCAGCAGCUUAAAAAUGAACUUCAACUGGAACAGAACCGAGCAGCACACCAGGAACAUCGAGCCAAUGACCUGGAGCAGAUUAUGGACAGCGUGAAAUCCAAAAUUGGUGAAUUAGAAGAUGAGUCCCUAAACAGGGUUUACCAGCAACAAAAUAGAAUAAAAAACCUUCAAAAGGAGCAUAAAGUAUUACAGAUGAAAUGCCAGCAUUAUAAGAAAAAACGAAUGGAGCAAGAAGAGACCAUUGCUUCUUUGCAAAAGGAUAUCUACAGAUUAACCAAGGAGGAAGAAGAGCGUAUUGUCACUCAAAACAGAGUGUUUGCCUAUCUCUGCAAGAGAGUUCCUCAUUCAGUCCUGGAUAAACAAUUGCUUUGUCUAAUUGAUUACUAUGAAUCUAAACUUCGAAAACUUCAUACACAAAGGAAGGGUAAAGAAGACGACAGUCAGUCAGAAGAAGAAAAAGACUACAGAAACCUGGAUGCCUCACCAAGUUAUAAAGGCCUUCUGAUGUCGUUACAGAAUCAACUCAAGGAAUCGAAAUCCAAGAUUGAUGUACUGUUAGGUGAAAAGUUGAACCUCCAAAAAGAUCUGGAGAACAGGCCCACAGAACAUGAAUUAAGACUUUAUAAACAACAGGUGAAGAAACUGGAAAAAGCCCUUAAGAAAAGCAUCAAAUUACAAGAGCUUAUUGGUCAAAAAAAGACUGAUGAAAUGGAGAAAACGGGUGAGCCCAGCAAAGACAGCCAUCAACAGGCUCUAAUUGACCAGAGAUACUUUCAGGUGCUGUGCAACAUCAAUUCAAUUAUCCACAAUCCUCGAGCUCCAGUAAUUAUUUAUAAGCAGAGAAAGGGAGGAGCCCAAAACUUCAAUAAAGAUACUGUUCAGGACUGUGGAUUUGAACAUCUUGUUCCUAUAGUAGAAAUGUGGGCAGAUGAACUGACAGCUUUAAAGGAUUUGUAUAAGUCCUUAAAAAUACUGUCUUCAGCACUGGUACCUUGGCGUAAUUUAAAGAAACCAGAUGAAAAUGAAGGUGUCAAAGUAGAAGAUCUGUUGUUUAUGGUAGAUACCAUGUUGGAAGAGGUUGAAAACGAGAAAAAGAGCAGCAGUAUGCCAAACUUUCAAACUUUGCAAGCUAUUGUUUCUCACUUCCAAAAGCUCUUUGAUGUGCAGUCUCUAAAUGGAGUCUAUCCCCGAAUGAAUGAAGUAUAUACCAGGCUUGGAGAAAUGAACAACGCAGUGAGAAACCUCCAGGAGAUCUUAGAACUAGACAGUUCAUCCUCGUUGUGUGUGGUGGUCAGCACGGUUGGAAAAUUGUGUAAGAUAAUCAAUGAGGAUGUGAAUGAGCAGGUUAAACAAGUAUUAGGACCUGAAGACCUACAAAGCAUUAUCAACAAAUUGGAAGAACAUGAGGAAUUUUUUCCAGCAUUUCAAGCUUUUACUAACGAUCUUCUUGAAAUCUUAGAAAUUGAUGACUUGGAUGCCAUUGUACCUGCAGUAAAGAAAUUAAAAGUACUUUCAUACUGAAAACAAAUCAAAUCAUUUUUUACUGUGUAAAUUGUAUUCUUAAUAUUUUAAGUAUUUAAAAGGACUGAUCCUGAGACAAGAUUCUAAAAUGUAUCAGCUCUCAGAAUUCAUCCUCUGACCAUUGGGUCAUUUUCAAUCAUAUAAGUUUUAUUUUUUGAUUAUUUAAUAGGAAGCAGCUGUUAAGUUAUUAAG